AGAGGAACAAGCGAAGCAAAACCGACCACGCACAGAAUGGUUGACAAGAAGAGUAUCUAUUACACCUACAAGUCCAUCGAAGCGUAUGACAAGUACGAUGAUGAUGUGAGGAAAAUCAUCCAAGAUGAUACCGACCAGGACAUCUGGAUCUGCAACCGAGCGCUGCCUCCGACCUGCUACCCUCCGCCGCUAAGUGAGGAGUGCAUCAAGAAGCUGAAAGAGCUAAGUCACGAUGUGGUCGUUCAUGAGAUUGAGGGUUAGUGGUUGAUGUGGAUGCCCUGUGUGUGAUUCACUUGCGAUAAUAUGACAAGUAGCAGCUGGUUACUCUCUGGCUUUAUCCGGCCACGUAAUAAGGUACCGGUAUAUUAUUGUGUUCUAAAGCCUAUUCGUAUCGUGACUUGGUAGAAGCUCAGAAUGUCUGUCUGACAUACUAUCACGAAGAGGUAGUCUUUCAUCUCAC